AACCUACCUACCCUAUGAGAUCUGAUUCUCGUCUGGUAUGUAGAUGCUGGGGAGGGCGGGGAUCCCAGUAAGCGGGGCUAGUGAUGUCUGUGAUUUCUCACAAAAGGGGUCUGUCUUGGCUAUUACAAAGAAAGUGGUUUAAUAUACUAGAAUACAUGCUUCAUAAAGGCAAAAGCAGAGAGGAAUACAGGGGUGUAAUCUGUGAGGGAUGGGCUAUUACUCUUUACACGGCUUCUAUACAUCGACAUCGGCACCGACAAGAAACUCUCCACGGCCAGGAAACUAGCGCUGAACGAACAGGAGCUUACUUGACAGGAACUAUACUAUGCCUGGCAGUCAGGUUCCCCUCAAUUAACCUUGGUAAGAAGGUCUGAGGGGUGUGUCUGCGUGUGAUUAGGCAUGUAUAUAGUUUUUGGGUAGUGAUAGCUUUGCCCAAACCGGCAAAGCCUGUAUCCAUCCAUCGAUCCCAUGGGGCCACAUUCACAAUUUCAUCCACAGGGGAAAAAA